CAAGGUCAAUACGUUAGCGAAGAAAACCAUGGGAAACCGUCAAAAACUUAAACGUAAAAUGACAACUACGACAACAAAUCGAUAGAAUUAACCAUGGCCGUAAAGUUAACUUUGCAAUUGAUUUUAAGGGUAUCUGCUUGGAUUUUAUGCAUCAUCGCCAUAGCUCUGCUAGCCGAUUAUAUCGGGGGCGAACACGUUGGUUAUCGCUUCACGGCUUCUAACGAUGCCCUCAAAAUAGCCAAUGGAUCGUACAUCAUCAUACUGAGCGUUCUUCUGGGCUUCGCUGUUUUUCACACGGAACCUGAGAAAACCGUAGAAGGAAUGCUGUUGGCCAUCGGAUUCAUAUUAUGUUUUGCUGGCGGUUUGGCUGUAAUAGUGUACUUCUCCGAUCACAAGGGCCUGCAUAUCGGCUACCUAUUCAGCGGAAUCAUGUCCCUUGUAGCAAGUGCAAUCAUGUUCGUGGAUUGUCUCGCUGCUUUUAACUUUAUUUAA